AUGGGCCGGUUAAACCUCACUGCCAUCAACGUCCGCAGGACGGCGCUGGCCAAAUUCAAGGCCAAACAAAUCCCUUCGGUACCCCACUGGGUCGACAUCAUACACGAUGUUCCGCCAGCACAAAUUCUCGUCCGCCAGCAGCCUGUCAAGCAUCCCUUAACCAAAGUUCGCACUCGAACCCUGCCAAGUGGAAAAACAGAACAAUACGUACAGAUCACUGAACCUAAGAGGCCCAAGUCUGCGAAGGCUCGCCAUGUCUUCACUCCCAAACCAUUGCACUACGAGGAGGAUUCAUUACGAAAAACCUUCUAUAGCGAUCACCCUUGGGAGCUUGCCCGGCCUCGAGUAAUUGUCGAGACAUCAGGAGAACAAUACAAGAACGCAGACUGGUCAAAGGGUCUCAUCCAGCCUGGGAUCCCGCUAUCAGGCGAAUGUGUGGUGCAACGACAACUCUGGCUGUUAGAAAAUAUUCCGGACCUCACCGUUCCGCAGGCCUACGACAUCGCACGGAAAGAGUUCUACACGCUGCGUCGACGUCAGGAGAGAAGGGAUAGAAUCGCGGCUGAAGAGGCGAAACACAUGGGCGCUCGGUUUGGGAAGUCGGCCUUGCAAAUCAGCAUGGGGAUUGAGAACGCAAUGUACAAUGAUUGGGAGAGAUGGAGCCGGCAGGUGGUCUUUGAGCAGACGUCGAGAGCUGCGGCUUUUGAGGGAACAAUCGCUAGCGCUGAGGAGGAGGCUUUGAAGGACAACGUGCUGGAAGAAAGCACGACGCAACCGCUGCAGCCGGGAGGUCGACCUGCUAUUGGGGCUGCCGUCUUUGCCCAGCAAGCGCAGUUGGAUUCUCGUAUAUCGAGGCGUCCGGGUUCAUUGUAG